CUAUGCUCUAACAGUUUGUUUCGACUGACUGCCUUCCAUGCCAGUGUGCAGUUUCAGCCAGGAUAUCAAGUUAAUUUCUAACUGACAGUGAUGAUGCGGAGGAAGAGACUGGACUUGUUUGACAAGGUGUUCGUGUCGCUCCUGGAGAAAGAUAUUUGGAGAAAAAUGCUGUAGGACUCAAAUCUGUCUUCAAGUAAAAUGUUUCUUCUUGGAUGGUCCAUUUGGUGCAUUUUACUGACUCUACAUAUGUCAGCCUGUGUUUUGGAGAUUUCUGGAUAUGACAGCCAUGAAGUCAUUUGCUCACAGGGUCUAUUGGAUUGCACCAUUAAGGAUGAGGUGCCUCUCGCUGAAGCAGAGAAUAAUUCUGUGGAUGUCCAAAACCUGACAGCAUAUUUCAAGCUCUGCUGCAAGGACAGCCGGCCGUGUACUUUAUGCCUGGUGACUGACAUCCUACCAGAUAUAGACAUGGAGGAUGAAGGUCACUCUGGGCUUGAUGAGGAAGAUUCUAGUGCCGAGACAAUUAAUCCAAAAGCGUCUGUGACAGUGUGUUACAAGGCAACAUCUACCAUGCCCACGUGCAAGAAGAUUGAGUUUACGGUUGCCCAUACAGCUCUCACUCAGCAAAACCGGGCAAAGCUUUCCAUUGUGAUUACUAAGCCAGUUGGGGUUUCCUUCGGCAGUAAGGUGUUUGUUUAUUCUUCUAAAUCAAGUCUACCUCGAGAAGUUGUUGCUCCUUCUCAGGAUGAAGUGUGCUCCCGGGAGCUGCAGGAGCGUGUUGAAGAAUGUCGUGUGCCCGGACUCAGCAUUGUAAUUAACCGAGAAAUGAAUCAGGUGGAGCUGCAGUUUGCUGGCAGCAAUGAGAGCCUUCCCUCUGUGUGUGUCCAGUAUGAACGGAAUGGGAGAUGUCAGAAUUGGAAAAUGGCAGCUAUUCCUCUGUAUUCUGUGACCCCCUGCAUGUGUUUCCAGGUAUGGGAAGAGAAUGAUCAGAGGUCUAGACGCUCUCAAAGCUGCCCCUUCUAUAACAGUGAUCUUCUCUUCAAAGAGAACUUAUGGCAGAAUGUGUCAGUGUCAGUAGGCCAGGGUGAAAUGAACAACCACCACACAAUGCUGUUGUGGAACCUGUCGGCCCCCUGCAGGCUGGAGGGUGACGUGUGGCCCUGUCACAAAGAUACCAGCUGCAGGGAGAUCAAGGGCUUUAGACAACCGCUGGCAAAUGGCAAAUGGAGAAAAAACAGCAAGGGACAGUGGGAGACAACAGGGGUGUUUGAAGACAUCAACCUUCAGCGCUCACCAUGUGUGCUGGUGAACGUAAAGGGGAUGGGACAUGAGCUGGGUCCAUUUUGCUUUAAUAACACUGUCAGGUGGCGCUGGAGUCUCGUGGUUGUUGGUGCUAUGCUGCUGAUUUGCUUGACUAUGCUCAUAUUCCAUAUCCUUCAUGACUUUGUCAAGAAAUGGGUGUGGAGCUGGCAUCAUGGCAGAUUUGUAGAGAUUGGCAGAAAGCGUCAUGUGGUGUUGCUGAGCCCCCCAGAUGCGGAUGAUAGUGUUUCGGAGUUAGUAUGUCGGCUUGGCUCUUGGCUCUGCAACCAGGGCUUCAGUGUAUCUGUGGACCAAUGGAGCAGGAAGGAGCAAUGCUCUCUGGGGCCUCUGCCAUGGCUGCACUCCCAGCUGCUGGAGCUGAAAAGCCAUGGUGGCCGAGUUGUGCUCGUCUUGACUCGCAAGGCUUUGGAGAGGGCAGAGGAGUGGACUCGCAAAGAGGUUAUAAUGAUGACGGGGGAUGACGAGGGUCUCCCUCAGAUAUUGUCCCCUUACUCUGAUGUGUUCACGGCCUCCCUGUGCCUCAUCCAAGCGGACAAACAGCUGGGAAGUGCUGGAGAACGUUUUCUUCUGGUGAAAUUUGAUUCCCAUCCACGCAGUGACAGGAGUCUACCAGAGCUUCUUCAGGGGCUGCCCCUGCUCCAGCUUCCCUCUCAGGCGCAGGCUCUGUUGACUGAACUCUCUGUGGGAGGGACAAGCAGGGGAUUAUGUAGAAGGACAUGGACAGGGUGGAAAUGGAGUGCCUCAGAUGAGUGGAGAUCAAAGCCUAAAGAGGGAUCAGACUGUAAAUAUGUAGGAGUUUAGAAGAACUUGUAGACUGCGCUUUUAAAUCACCCAUAAAUGUCAUGCUGAUCAUUUUUGUACCUCUGUGCAUAUGAAGAACAUGUUUAUCCAAAUUGUGGAUGAGAUGAACAGAGGACACGAUUAUCUAUAGACUAUUGUUCUUAAUGACCAAAAUCAACACUUUCACAGUACUUUCCGACUUCACUUCCCUAUCUGGAGUUUUCAGCUCCAAACCCUUUAUUUUUUACUAAAGAUGUUAAAUAAUGUCCUAAUUAUUUAAGGAGGCGGUGCUUUUUAGCAACCAUUAUUCAAAUAGCAGUAAAUAGUGUAUUUGUUGAGGACUAUUUUCAGCCACAUAUUGUUUGUGAAUAUCUUAGACAGCAGGACAUGCCUAUGUUAAUCUGUAUGAAGGAAAAUGUCACAAUGUACAACAAUGUAGAUGUGUUUUAAAUGUGGAGGUCUAUGGCACUGAGAAAUACAUUAUAUCAGGCUUUGUCUACAAAGACAAAUCUUUUUUUUAGGAUUAAUUCAUGGUUUGCUUGUAUCUUUUCAUGAGAUUUUUUGACCAUAACAAAAUAGAAUAUAACCAGACCUAUUUGUGCUGUAAAGUGCUUAACCAAAAAAUCUACAGGCUAAUUAUAUCUAUGUACUGUGAGUCUGUAGAUAACACUUGUCUAUAAAUAUAUUUGCUCAUGGUGGAUCUCGGAUUGUGAUUGGCCAGUGUCAGGUUAAGGACACAGAGAAGCGCUUGUUCAGAAUGUCGUUACAUUCUGGAGGGGCGGUGUUGUGAGUCUGACGCAGGUUCCGCCCGCUCAGAAUGUUUGGUUCAUUUGUCCAACACAAAGGAGAUCUGGAAGUGUGUCAAGCGCUUCUCGGCCGAGUUCUGUGCAUUUAAAAACUUUACCAAAGACGACAUAGUCCAGACUCAGUCGGCGUACGAGCUGAAGGAGGUAAAAGUUACCCCCUUAACUUUAAGAUUUUGUUUUUAUGUCCACUUAAAUGCCUGGUGUGUUAACAGUUUUACAGUGAGUUGAUCUGAUUUGUCAGAACGUGACGUUAAAUUAUAAUACGAAAGCUGGAAUGUGACGCAGUUCUUCAGGUAAUUAUUUAAUGGAAUAGAGCCUGCUUGUGACAGUACCUGAAAUAUUAAUAAAUAUGUAUAGCUCA